UCAUUCAUACUAACACCAAAAAAAAAAUUCUCAGUUGAAUUCUUCCAGUUUUGCUUGAAACUUCAAACUAUUAUACCCAUUAUUACUGUUUUUUUUUCUUCAUUUUUGGGUAUGGUGUUGGUACAACAGGAAGACGAAAUAAGGGUGGGUGGAGGGAAGAAGGGAAUGAGAUUAGGGAAAUAUGAAGUAGGGAAGACACUUGGUGAAGGAAAUUUUGGUAAAGUGAAGUAUGCUAGACAUGUAGAGACUGGUCAAUCUUUCGCCAUUAAAAUUUUGGAGAAGAGUCGGAUCCUUGACCUCAGGUCUACUGAUCAGAUUAAGAGGGAGAUUGGAACUUUAAAACUCCUCAAACAUCCUAACGUCGUCCGAUUAUACGAGGUCUUAGCGAGCAAAAGCAAGAUUUACAUGGUGCUAGAAUACGUGAAUGGGGGUGAAUUAUUCGACAGAAUCGUUUCCAAAGGAAAACUCUCAGAGGCCCAAGGUAGGAAGCUCUUCCAACAAUUGGUUGAUGGCGUUAGUUACUGUCACGACAAAGGUGUCUUCCACAGAGACCUCAAGCUAGAAAACGUCCUCAUUGAUUUGAGGGGAAACAUAAAAAUAACGGACUUUGGGCUCAGUGCGUUACCCCAACACUUUAGGGAUGAUGGAUUGUUGCAUACCACUUGUGGUAGUCCAAACUAUGUCGCUCCAGAAAUUCUUUCUAACAGAGGAUAUGAUGGCGCGGCAUCUGAUACCUGGUCAUGUGGUGUUAUCUUAUAUGUCAUUCUCACUGGUUAUUUACCCUUUGAUGAUAGAAAUCUUGCCGUACUUUAUCAAAAGAUACUUAAGGGGGAAGUUCAUAUACCAAAAUGGCUAUCUGCAGGAGCAAAGAACCUCAUAAAGAGGAUUCUUGAUCCCAACCCGCAUACUCGUAUAACAAUGGCACAAAUCAAAGAAGAUGCAUGGUUCAAACAAGACUAUACACCUGUAAAUACUGAUGAAGAAGAUUUGGAAAGUGAUGAUCAUGCUUCUACAGAUGAUCACGUCUUCACCGUGCAUGAAACACCACUUGAUGCUCAAAGAGAUCCCGAAUCGCCUUGCCUUAUCAAUGCCUUUGAGCUUAUAGGAAUGUCGUCAUGUCUGGAUCUUUCUGGAUUUUUUGAGAAAGAGGAUGUUUCCGAGAGGAAGAUCAGAUUCACAUCCAGUCUCUCUCCAAAACAGUUGUUGGAGAGGAUCGAGAAUAUGGUGACACAGAUGGGAUUUCAUGUCCAGAAAAGACACGGAAGGUUGAAAGUGAUGCAAGAGCAGAAAGGCCACAAAAGCCCAACUAGUCUGUUGGUAGUCGCAGAGGUCUUCGAGAUUAGCCCAUCCUUGUAUGUUGUAGAAUUACAAAAGUCUUCAGGGGAUUCAACAGUAUAUAGACAGUUGUGUAAUAGGUUAUCGAAUGAUUUGGGAGUCCACCGAAGUGAGGAGCUCCUACCUACUGUUUGUUGUGAUAGCUAGACCAUUUGCAGCGGUGACUGGAUACAUUCUUUCGUUCUUUUUGUUCCAUUUCUCCUGCUCUUGUUGAGUAGUAGGAGGAGUUGUGAGCAGUAAGCACACCCUUCAAGUUGGUUGGUUGAUUCAUCAGUUUCACGAGCAAUAACGUGAGGUUUAAGUGUAUAGUAAAGAACAUGGCGGAAUUCGCCUUAUAAGUUAGUACAUUCAAGUAAAUCUGUAUCUUGUAGUAUCUAUUAUUUAGUCUCUAGGCAAAUGUCUUCUUUGGAACAUGGCUAUAGUGGCCUUGUUGAUAAGUAAAUUCAGCAAAAUUUGUAUUCUGUAGUAUCAAUUAUUUGGAGCUUGGUCUUUACAAGGACUUUGAAAGUCUCCAAGCAAAGAUGUCCUUUUUUGAAAAAAAGAAAUAAUGCUUCAUGCAGCUUUAUG